ACGAAUAAUUUACAUAGAUUCAUACACACACAGACACACAUUAUUUGUCUUUCGGCUCAGCUCGAUGAAUAGAAAGAGGAAAUAAGCGAAACUGUGACACCAAAGUUCGAGGUCAUGUAAAUAUUGUUUCGUUCCGGCGAUGAAAACCCGAUGAAGGUUUUUCAUUGUAGCAAAUCCAAAACAGUGCGGCAAAAUGGCUGCAGUAGCCUCACGUGUAUCUCGAAGUCUGUUGUAUACAUUGGAUCGAUGGUAUCUACUUGGUGCUUUCCUCUUGUUCUUUGUCGUGUGCAGCGAGGUUUCCCCUUCAGACAAUGUCCUGACAAAUAAAGACAACUCUACCCUGAGCUGUUUCGUCGGAAGCUGGGACAACUUCACAAAUACCCGGAUUGUAGCCUGUUCAGAGCCAAAGGUUUCACACUGUAUUGUCUUUAAAUAUGUCAACACCACCAGCCAGAAUAAUGGUAUCAGUGGCAACAAGACACAAGGAAUCUUGUUUGCCUGUGACCACCAGCUUCUUUGUAAGCAAGCAUCAAUCACCAUUCAGAAUAAUACAUCUUAUCAAGGUCUUACUGGUCAGCUAAUCUGUUGUGAGGGAAACAAGUGCAAUAACCAUACUCUAGCCGGUCCAGAACCACCAAUAACUGCCACAUGUUACCAGGCCUCCAGGCUCAAUGGUACUGUUGUAGGUCAACAGUACGAAGAAUGCCAUCUAACGGAUGGCAUGUGUGUGAAAAAUACUACUGUUGCCUUGAUCAGCGGAGCACUAUCUGUCCAGGAACGCUACUCCUGCCAACCUGUAGAUCUCUGCGAUAAUUUGAACUUGACUACUACUCAUAUUUCCUGUGCCAAUAUUACAAACCCACCUGCAACCAGUGAAAUUUGUUGCUGUCCUUUUGAUCUGUGUUUCGUCCCUACCUGGUUCACCAACAACUCCAACAACAAUAAUGGGGAAUUGUCCUCCAUACCACCAUCACAGGACUCCGGCUCCGAUCAUGGAAACAGCGACACUGCUUCUCCGAAAGCAACAACCACAGUGCAACAGCUAAUCAGACCAGGUGUACAGCCGUCAGGUACGCACACCAAAGGGCAAAAGAACUGGCUCCUCGUCACCUGCCUGGUCUUAGUCUUUGUCAUUUUCUUCUGCAUAAUCGGUGGAGUUGUGCUCGUUGCCGUUCGCUACCGCCUCACACGAAGGAAGCAGCCAGUAACGUUAGCAUAUACUCGGAUCGCUGCAGACUCUCCGGCCGGCAACGGGGAUGAAGACAUUCAGAUGCUUCUCGGCUAAGAUUGCUGUAUUUUCUUUCAUUUUCUAUAUACACACACUCACACACAAACACACAUACACACCUAUAGGCAUACACACAUUGUAUCUACCUUACACCCAUGCACACACUUGCGCAUCCAUAUAUGCACAUGAUAUCAAUGUCUUUCUCUCUCUUUCUCUCUCUCUCUCUCUCUCUCUCUCUCUUUCCCAUGAUUUAACAAAUUUUGUUAUUUUUUUUUCGUACUUGAGGGAAAAAACAGAAUUAAGGAAAACAUAAUUCUGAGCUUGAAAAGUUAAAAUAUUAUGUCAGAGGCAACGGCAACACCCACCAUGUGUGUGUGUGUGUGUGUGAUACGGUCUACAUGUUUAUAUUUGCUGCAGCAUAGCAUCAGUUUAUGCAGGGUGCAAUUGUACUAAGCAUGUGCUCAUUUGUGUGUGUAUGUAUGUAUGUGUGUGUGUGUGUGUGUGUGUAU